AUGUCAGAAGUAGAAGAUUCAGAUUUGCUUGACUCUUUUGUAGAUUAUUUUGAUAAUGAAGAAGAGAAAGAAGAGACAGUAGCAAAAGAACAAACAAAUAAUUUCAUGACAAUAGCCGGUUAUCCCGCAUUAGACUUUUCAUUGUUAUGCUUUUUCAUAACUCUUAUAUGUUCAAUAUAUAUAUUUAACGUAAUGAGUAUGCAGCCAUCUAAAUAUACUGCUCUUAACAUGAGAAAUGCCAAAUCACCCAUUCCCUUUUUCGAUUCUCCAUAUAUAGAAGAUUACUAUGACGGGAAAAUAGAUAUUACGCAAACUGUUCAUAGCAGUCCUUUAGCCGUUAUUAUUUUUUAUACUCCAUGGAGUACAAGAAGUUUUCAUAAUCGACAACUAUUUCAUGAUGUUGCAGAGCAUUUUGCUCUAGAUGACAUGCUUAAGUUUGUUGCUGUUAACUGUUUCAAUAAGAAAGGGUCUUGUCGAGAGAAAUAUAAAAUUCCAACAUUUCCUAUGCUGGCAGUCUUCACUGAAAAUGGCUUUUUAUCAUAUAGAGGAGAUCUUGAAGAACAAAGCGUGAUAAAUUGGCUCAAUAGCCUUAAAGCACCAUAUGUUGAAGCGAUACGACUAUCAUCAUUCCAAAACAUACGUUCUUUGAGUGAGAAUGUUGUGAUUGGAUAUUUUCGAUUUAAUGGAAUGCAAAAUCCGAGUGGUUUCAUGUCUUUCUACAUAGUAUCCAUGCUUCAUAAAAAAGGAGUGCUUGCUGACAAGUUAACAACUUUCUGCCUCAUUCGAGAUGCUGAAUUGGCAGAAAUGAUUGGUUUGGAAGAGGAAGGAAUUUAUUACUAUUUCGGAAACGAUGAGUAUGCAUUCUAUGAUGAAGAGUACCUACAAACUACAGAAAUCAUAGAUUGGAUUGAAAAACAAAGGGAGCAGACAGUAGGCAAAGUAGAGUUACUAGAUAUAAGUGUUGCUGCUGAGGUGAAAAAUGCAAAGUUUUCUGAGUUGUUAGGAGAAAAUAAACUUCUGCUGUAUGUAGAUAAGAACCCUGAACAACCAUCGACGCUUAUGAAUGUUUUAUCUUUCAUUGAGAUUUCACAAGACUAUUGGACGUGUGAUUCAAACAUUCAAAAUAACAAUGCCUUUGAAGGCUUGGGAUGCGCGAGUAAUGGUAGCUUGAAGUUUGUUUAUCUCCCAUUGACGGACGGUCAACUGUUAUUGAGCAAAAUUUCUUCCCUGGUUACGGAUACUCUGAAAACAAACAAUAAUGCAUCAAAAAGUAUGCUUCUAAUUCUUGAUGAAUCAAAUGAGCUUGUUACCAUACACAACUCGUCGUCAUGGGAUGAUUCGGCUGUACGUCAGUUUGUGACAGAUUAUCAUGAGAAAUCAGUGAAAAGCAGCUUGCAAACAAGAAUAUUACGAGAACCAUCAACAGAGCUUAUCAAAACAAAAAUCAGUGCCAUGACGGGAGAAACGAAAGAAUCUGUAAUUAGAAAGGCAUCCCUUGAGGAAAUAUUGAGGGACAGUAAGAGUACAAAAAAGGAUAUGGUCGUUCUUAUUAGUGGGAAUAAAGAAAAUGUCUUCACAUCUGUCAGUUUGUCUAAGUUCCAUACACUGGCUCAAAUGUUUGCUCGGUUUUCAAGACAUAUAUCUUUCAGAAUACUUGAUAUAACGGCUUCACACCUACCUUACCAUUUGAACUUCGCUAGCUUGCCAGUUUUGAUGAUUAUACCAAGUGAUGGUAGAUCAGAUUUUCAUGUUUUAUCACCCAACUCUCCAGUGGAUAUUCCUACGAUGGUUAAUUUUGUAUUAGAGCAUGUUUCUUCGUUGGUGUAUCGGCAUCAACGCUUAAAAAAUUGUAAAGCACUUAUAUUAGAAAAAAUACGGAAAAUGGAAAGACGGUUACUAAGGAUAUCUGCUGUUCUGAAUCAGAACAGCCAAUCUUCCUGCAACGAUAAACUGGUUAGAAAAUUAUUGCGUAGAAAAAAGCAUUAUAAGCUUGUAGCUGACAAACUGAGUACAAGUUUAAUGAGGAAACGGAGAGAUUUAAUUUAG